UUUAAUAACCCAGGAAAUAUCUUAAAACACCCAGCAGGUCCUAGGAAGCUAAAGGGAGGAAGGAAGCAAGGGGCCGGAGAGAAAAACAGAACAAAGUUCAAGUCCACGAGUAGAGGAUAUAGAAAGCAACAUCACCAGCAAAGAGAUAUAAUAUGACAGCAAAUCCUAAGGCACCGCUAGGCAGAGUUCAUAUCCUCGGUUUUCUUGCCAAUCUUCAACUUGGAGCUAGGAUGAUUGAGUCAAGAGAUUCAUGUUCUUGUUUCCGCACUAAUUUAAUAUCAAUGAUCACUCCAGCAAAAACUCUUUGGAAGUUUGAUGUUUCAGAGACAUCUUGAUUUGAAUCGCCGCCUUUCUUUUAUCUACGGUACUUGCCAAGGACAAAUAAUUUUCCAACGUUACGUUUUACAAGCACCUUCUGUUUGAGGGUUGAGAUUUCUGGUGAAGCUCAGACAGGAAAUCAUGGAAAUUUUUGAAGUAGCGAAGGAUAAAUUAGGGCUUGGUUCCAAGAGAUACACAACAUUGUUAUUUGCGUGUUCCGUUGCUUUGCCUGUGUCUCUCAUGAUCUUGAUUGUGUAUCAGAAUCAGUUGUUUCAUCUAACUGGAGGGUUAGCUAAAGCUGAAAAAUCUCGAAAUGUUACAGCAUUGAAUGUUGAUUCGAAAAAUGAUUCUUCACCUCCUGCCAUCAUUCCUGAUGGAAGACUGCAUAAUGGGAAUUUGCCUCCUGGAUUUGGCAAUGGAACUAGUUCAGAAAAUAAUUCCUUGAGGCAUACUAGCUGGACUGAUAAGCAGCUUAAUGGAACCAUGGCUCCAGGAUUUUGGAUAGAAUCAGGUUCAAGGAAUGCUUCCUUCGGAAAUGUAACUAGUUCAAAAAACAAUUCCUUGCCGCAAACCAGCGGGCCUGAUGAGAAGCAGCUUAAUGGAACUUCGGCUCCAGGAUUUCAGAAAGAAUCAGGUUCAAGAAAUUAUUCACAAAAUGAUUCCUUGCUGAAUACCAGCAGGCCUGAUGUCAAGCAACUUAAUGAAACUUUGGAUCCAGGAUUUCAGAAAGAAUCAGGUUCAAGAAAUGAUUCCUCUCAGGGUAACAGAAUGCCUGAUGAAAAUAAAUUGCUCGAUGGACUUCUGGCUCCUGGAUUUGAUGAAAGAUCUUGCGCAAGUAGGUACCAGUCUUUCCUAUUUCGCAAAACUUCACUCCAUAAGCCCUCUUCCUAUCUCCUUUCAAAACUACGUAGGUACGAAGAUAUCCAUAAACGUUGUGGACCUCAUUCCAAAUCAUACCACAAAGCCCUUAAAAGACUCAAAUCUAGCCAUGGUAGCAGUGGAGGGUGUAAAUACAUUGUCUGGAUUCCUGCUAAUGGCUUAGGAAACAGGAUGCUAAGCAUGGCUGCGACAUUUCUUUAUGCUCUCCUUACAAACCGAGUCCUACUUGUUAAUCAUAAAACUGAUAUGGCCAAUCUCUUUUGCGAGCCAUUUCUAAAUACAUCAUGGCUGUUACCCGAGGACUUUCCCCUCAGGAAUCAUUUUGGCAGGUCUAAACAUGGAUAUGCCCACAGCUUUGGCAGCGUGCUAAACAAAAGUAUUACCAACACUUCAAUGGAGCCACCAGAACCAUAUCUUGAUCUUAAUCUAGCUCUCGGUGGUUAUGAUCAAUUAGCUUUCUGUGAUGAAAACCAGGCUCUUCUCCAAAAAAUUCCUUGGUUGAUACUUCUAUCAGAUCAAUAUUUUGUCCCUUCUUUAUUCAUGAUCCCAUCUUUCAAUCGAGAGAUAAGCAAAUUGUUCCCAGAAAAGGAAACUGUGUUCUACCAUUUAGGCCACUAUCUUUUCCACCCCUCAAAUCAGGUAUGGGGACUGAUCACUAGGUUCUACCAGGCUUAUCUAGCCAAGGCAGAUGAGAGGAUUGGGCUCCAAAUAAGAGUAUAUCAUGAUAAGACCACUCCUUUUCAAACUGUUAUGGAUCAAAUUUUAGACUGUGUCUUGAAGGAAAAACUCCUGCCAGAAGUAGCAGAUACACAAGAACCUGCCCCUCCUCCAUCAAGAAAUCAGACUUCAAAAGCUAUUCUAAUAACAUCCUUGCAUUCCGAGUACUAUGAGAAUAUGAAAAACAUGUAUUGGACUAGACCAACUGUGACAGGUGAAGUCAUUAGUGUUUACCAACCAAGCCACGAAGAGUACCAACAUUUUGGAGAUAAUACGCACAACAUGAAGGCAUGGGCGGAUAUAUAUCUACUUAGUUUGUGUGAUGUACUGGUGACAAGCACUUGGUCUACUUUUGGCUAUGUUGCUCAUGGUUUAGCAGGUUUGAAGCCAUGGAUUUGGCGGAUGGGGAAUAAAAAUCCAGCUUGUCAGCGAGCCAUAUCAAUGGAGCCAUGUUGUCAUUUUCCUUUGAGUUAUGAUUGCAAGACAAGGAUUGAAGUCAAUGCUGCUACUCUUGUUCCUAAUACAAUGCAUUGCGAGGAUCGAAAGAACGGAUUAAAGCUGGUUUGAUGUGUUACCAUAUAUGUUUCUUGGUACUCUAGUUUUGGCUUGAAUAUAUUAACAUGAUGAACAUGGAGAAUUGCUGCUGCAAUUAUCAGUAAAAACUUGAUUGGUUUUUUCA